AUGGCGUGUACAGGAAACGAGACGUCGGUCUCGGUCACUGGUCGACUCCCUCCACGCCACUCCCCACCCGCGCCCUCCCCCAAGAGAGACCGUAUGUCAAGUCGUCCGACUGCGGGCCGUCGAUGGUGGUGCACACCAGCGGUGCCGUUCGGCGUGGAGCACCUGGAGGAGGAGAAGGAGCGCGUGCAGCCCUUCAUCAUGGACGAGCUGCACAGACUCAUGCCCGACCUGCCCCCGCCCGCCAGCGUCAAGUGCCAGAAGUGGAGGUACUCCCAGGUGACGCGAUCGGUGGCAGAUUGCCCGGGGCAGAUGACUCUGCUCUCCGAGCCCCUGCUGGUGUGUGGCGGGGACGGCUUCACACAAUCCAACUUCGACGGCUGCAUCGAGUCCGCCCUCAAGGUGUUCCAGGUGCUCAAGUCCUCCCUGUGAACACGCCGGGGCGGCAGGUGGGGGCCGGGGGGGGUGUAAUCGACUGACCGACCCCCCC